CUUGCUUGACAGAUGAACUCGCUGAGCUGGGAGAGUGGGGUGGGGCUUCCUCCUACUCCCCGCACCAGGACUGAGCUGCCCCGGUCUCUCAGCUCCUGGCCUGGCGUCCCUUGUACCAGCCCAGUAGGCAUUCCCCCAACACAAGGACCUGUGCAGGCCAAGGGCAUCACCCUGGUCCUUGAUCCUGGGAAACGGAGCAUGUAAGUGUGCUUUCUUUAUGGAUUCACUUCACUGACCAAGAGCACAUCGCAUUACUUUCAAAUACAAGGGAGCCUCUCGUCCUCUCAAAGGAAUCCCAAAUCUCCCUUCUGAAGAGUCUUCCCGCAGAGAUGGCGCCAGGCAGGAAGAUGUUUUAUUUUGUCUUGGCCUUUUUCUUCAUGCUGGCUCAAUUUCCGUCAGGGUGCCAGGCAGGACUCCAGUAUUCCCAGCCACUUUCAGCAGGUGAUAUAUCUCCCUGUGAGUCGUGCUGGCUCGGUCGGGGCAAAUGCAGGAAAAUAUGCACUGAGGAUGAGAAGAUUGUUGGAAAUUGCAAAGUGAACUUUUUCUGCUGCCGGCGGAGGAUCCUGUAA